GGAUAUGGAUUAUGGAAGAUAAGGAAACAGGAGGAACGAAAUCCAUAUACCGGAAGAUAUUAUUUAUACAAGAACAAAAAAUACUGAAAAAUGGAGCUUUCUUUGCAGACCAUCAUUCCUGUUGCUUCAUUAACUACGCGAAGGGAAUUUAAACUGAAAGAAUAUAACGCGUUCCCUAGAAGUCCUUACAUCCCAUUUCUCACGAAACCGAAAGAAACCCUACAGAUACCGUAUGGAUUACCGGAAACGGCUGCUUCUGUAGCGGUUGCUGCCACGGUUGUGGGUGCAGCAGCCACCCUUCUGGCUAGAAGAACCAAGUCUAUAGAGACAGCCCAGGCUGCUCCAACAAGAACUUGUGAUGCUUGUGGUGGUUCGGGGAUAUGUCCCGAAUGCAAAGGUGAAGGAUUUGUGCUCAAAAGAAUGUCCGAUGGAAGUGCCGAGAAAGCCCGAUUGAAUGCAAAGAACAUGGCUACUAGAUACACAGCUGGGCUACCGAAGAAAUGGAGCUACUGUACCAAAUGCUUGUCUUCUCGAUCUUGUAAAUCCUGUGACGGCAGUGGAAAGUUAGCCCUUUAGUCUUCAAAGCCACUGGGAUUUUUCUGAAUGUUCUCCAGGUCUUCUGGGAUUAGUCGAGGUGUGCGCAAGCUGAUCCGGACACCCAUGAUUAAAAAGACGUUAGGCUAUUAGUUCCAAGAAACUUGGAGAGAUUCUUGUGCAUGCUUGCAAUAUGAAUUCUUUUGACAUAUUGCUUUGUAAAGAUUGUUCUUCUUUUGAAAUGCCAUUUUGGGAUAUCUUUUCUUUGAAGU